AUGACAUCACCCUGCGAGCUUCGGCUUCCCGGACGUGGGUACGCAGACGUCACUCAUGCACAUAACACUCCCGAGAAGACGGCAACGCCUCGCUGCCAACACCUGUAUCAACCCCAGCUGCAGAUCACGUCCCAGGAUGCCAUCCCCCAAGCCUGCAACCCAAAAGCUAUGGACUUUUCAAUCCUGAGCUUCAAGGAGAUCAAGACCGUCAUCCGGGACCUGGUCCAGGGAUCCCCAGAGAAGCAGCAGAAUGCCCUCUACUCCAACUUCACCGAGGACGCCUCCUUCACCCACCCGUUCUGCCAUGUACCGUCCUUUGGCAACAUCCAGAUCCCGUUCCUCUUCACCAUCAACUCGCGUUGGUUGGUCCUCAUGAUUUACCGCUGGUACCGCAUCUUGAGCCCCAAUAUUGAAAUGGAGAUUGAGUCUUCUGUCCAAGACCAAAAAACAAACUUGCUCUACGUCAAGAUGCGCCAAGACUUCCGCCUGUGGUUCGUUCCCUUCUACUCGGCACCCGUCGACUUCGUCGUCGUCCUCCGCCUAGAGACCCGCACAAUCGACGCCAACGGCAACCCGUUGCCUCGCGGCUACGGUGACGACGCCUCCGUCGGCACCCGCCAGCGCCAGUUCAUCGUCAGCCAGGAGGAUCACUACCAGGUCGGCGAGUGGCUCAAGUUCAUCGCUCCCUUCUUCGGGUACUGGGCCUGGCACGCCUGGACCCUCUUGGCAACUGCGAUGUGCGUUGUCGGCGCCUUCUUUGGAUAUCCUCUCACCUUGCUCUUUGGACAGAUGGCUCGGCCCAACAGUAACGGUAACGGGCAGGAGAGUAAGCGGGAGUAG